AUGUGGGCCGGAGUGUUGGUGGGGGGGGCCCGGGUGGCGGCAGGCAGGUGCCCCGCGCUGGGGCCCCGCCUCGCCGCCCGCUUUCCCCCGCAGCGGGCGCCCGAGAGCGGCCUGGUCCUGCGUCGGAGCCUGCACGCGACGGCGGCCCGGGCUCUCCCGCUCAUUCCCAUCGUGGUGGAGCAGACGGGCCGCGGCGAGCGCGCCUAUGACAUCUACUCGCGGCUGCUGCGGGAGCGCAUCGUGUGCGUCAUGGGUCCGAUCGAUGACAGCGUGGCCAGCCUGGUGAUCGCGCAGCUUCUGUUCCUGCAGUCGGAGAGCAACAAGAAGCCCAUCCACAUGUACAUAAACAGCCCUGGCGGCGUGGUGACCUCGGGCCUGGCCAUCUAUGACACGAUGCAGUACAUCCUGAACCCCAUCUGCACGUGGUGCGUCGGCCAGGCCGCCAGCAUGGGCUCCCUGCUCCUCGCGGCCGGCACCCCGGGCAUGCGCCACUCGCUCCCCAACUCCCGCAUCAUGAUCCACCAACCCUCCGGGGGCGCCCGGGGCCAAGCCACAGACAUCGCCAUCCAGGCAGAGGAGAUCAUGAAACUGAAGAAGCAGCUUUACAGCAUCUAUGCCAAGCACACCAAGCAGAGUCUGCAGGUUAUUGAGUUGGCCAUGGAGAGAGACCGCUACAUGAGCCCCAUGGAGGCCCAGGAGUUCGGCAUCCUGGACAAAGUGCUGGUGCACCCGCCACAGGACGGGGAGGACGAGCCUGAGCUGGUGCAGAAGGAGCCCGUGGGGGUGGCCGCGGCGGAACCCGCCCCAGCGAGCGCCUGAGAGCCGGACCUCCCCCUCCGGACGCCAGUGGAGGGGCUGCCGGGCCGCAGCCCUGCCCACUGCUCGCUGCUGAGCCUGCAGGGACCCCUUGAGGACCUCCGGAUCUGGGGGUGCCCCUGAGGGCGGGGAUCCUGGCUGAGACACUGUGAUUUUAAAUUAAAUCUUUGUAGUCUUUGC